GCUUCAGUCCAUGCUGGCUGCGCUCCUCCUGGGUGCACAGCCCUACUUUGCCCUCGCACACCCGGCUCUUCCUCCAACCACCGACCUGGCAGCCGCAAAAGCCCACAACAUUUACCUCGUAACCUGCGUCCCAAAAAAUAGAAAUGAUGACGACAAUCCCACGCCUUCCGCAAACUUCACCGCCAUAGCCUACUUCCGCCAGCCGCUCAAUGUGACGAAUGUCGACCCCGACACGAAGGCUCCUAAGCCCGACAAAGCUGCGCUCGUAGCGCAGCCGCCGGAGCCGUGGGAAGGCGUCAGGUGGAAGGUCAAGGUGUGGAACGACAAGGUGUUUUCGGCAUCAAUCGCGGCGGAUGCAGCGACUGGGGCGAAGGGAUCGUUGGCAGGGGAUGCGAAAUUGGGGGAUGAGGAUUAUGUGUGUUUCAAGGAUGGAGAGACAGCGGUCAGAAUUAGGGAGGAUGGUGCGAGGGGGAAUUGUGUGGCAGAUUAUUGGUGUGCUGGGCUGGAGGCUGGGAAGGGGAAGGGACGAUGAGAGGUGGGCGCAUGCUUGGGCAUGUAGUUAGACGUUGGCGAUGCCGAAGCGUGGCGGUACUCUUCCUGGGCAGGCGCC